AGAUCCCUUGUCAGCUGUACCAGGACUCCUAAUUUUACUAAUACAAUCUGUACAAAUUAAUGGAAUAAUGGACACAGAGACAAUGAAUACAUGUAGAAAAGGCCUGUAGAAAAGAUUUUUGGAUGCUGAUUUGAUGGAACCACUCCCAAAGACCACAAAAUGGAGAAAGGGAAACCACCAUUGUGAUUUUCCCCAGACUCAUAAUGGAAACAUCACUGAAGAUUCAUCCCCCUGUUCUGUUCUGGAAAUGGACAUUGACCUCUCUAGUUCACUACAGUGUGAACAUGAGGAGGACACCGUAUCAUGUAGUGACACAAUUUCUGAAGUUUUGCCAGAUUCUGGUAACACAGAAGGUGUUCAUGAAUUUCCAAACUCUGAAUCAGAGUUUAUGGGGGCUCCACUUUACCCAGGGUCAGACAUAACACUUGCACAAUGUGUAGUGCUCAUUCUAGCUUAUUCUCUUAGACACAACUUAAGCGCUAGAGCUGUAGAAGAUAAUUUAAAACUACUAAGCCUCCUCUUACCAGCAAAUAACAUUUUGCCACAUUCUCUCCAUAUAUUCAAAACACUGUUUAAAAACCCAGCAGAUUCUAUUACCAUACAUUAUUUUUGUGAAGGCUGUGGAAUGUGUCUACCCAAGCAAAAUACACAUUGUAUGGCCUGUGGUGAUAAAAGUGACAAUGAUAAAAAUCUUAGGGAAGGUAACUUUUUUAUUAGUGUAUCACUUGACAGUCAGAUCAGAGACAUCCUACAAAGGGAGGACUGCCCCAUUGUAGAGCAUACAGACGUACAUCACAGUGAAAUGCUUAAAGGAAUCACAAACUUUAGUUGUGGUGAUGUGUCCUUGCUUUGGAAUUGUGAUGGUAUUUCUGUUUUCAAUUCUUCAUCAUACUCUCUGUGGCCAAUUCGCUGUGUAAUAAAUGAACUUCCAGCUGAAGUGCGUUAUAAAAAUGUGCUGCUGGCAGGUGUCUGGUUUGGACGUGGAAAGCCAGAAAUGUCCACAUUUUUUAAACAGUUUGUAGAAGAUAUUAAAGAGAUUAACACACAUGGUGUCAAAUGGGUGCAUCCAAAAACAGGCAUUACAAGAGUUUCAAGAGUGUUCCCUGUAGCUUGUACAUGUGAUGCAGUGGCCAGGUGCAUGCUUCAGGGUGUUCACCAGUUUAAUGGUGCAUAUGGUUGUGGUUUCUGUCUCAGUGAAGGAAUGGUUGUGGCAAAGGGAAGAGGCUACACAAGGGUGUAUCCUGCUGUACAGGCUGAAAUGAGAAGCCAUGAACAUGUUGUGGAAUGUGGACAGAAGGCCAUUGAAGAGGGUGUUGAUCAUAUCCUAGGUGUUAAGUCACUGUCACCAUUGAUUCUUCUGAGCAGCUCAACUGGUUUUGAUAUAGUGAAGAGUUUCCCUGUAGAUUAUAUGCACUGUGUACUGCUUGGAGUGACAAAACAGUAUUUAGAUCUCUGGUUCAACAGCAAAUAUCAUGACUGCCCAUGGUACAGUGUAUCACAAAAGUGA